AUGCCUUCUCUCGUUGGAAAGGAAGUCGGCUCCACUGGCUAUGGCACCAUGAGAAUGACCUGGAACGCACAGCCACCAACCCAGGAAGUUUGCCUUGAGACUCUGAACAAGGCCCUGGAGCUUGGUGCUAACUUCUGGAACGGUGGCGAGCUAUAUGGCACACCUGAGAACAACUCUCUGCACCUGAUGAACAAGUAUUUCACCAAGUAUCCUGAGAAUGCAGACAAAGUCGUUCUCAGUAUAAAGGGUGGCUUGAAGCCUGGCCAGCUUAUCCCAGAUGGCUCGGAAGAGAACAUCCGCCGAAGUGUGGACGAGUGUCUGCGCGUACUAGACGGAAAAAAGAAGCUUGAUAUCUUCGAGUGUGCACGACAGGACUCUAACUUCCCCGUCGAGCUCACUGUGAAGGUUCUGGCGGAGUACGUCAAGGACGGCAAGCUAGGAGGCAUUAGCCUUAGUGAGGUGGAUGCUGAGACUAUUCGACGAGCAGUCAAAGUACAUCCUAUCGCCGCUGUGGAGGUUGAGAUGUCACUAUGGUCAACAGAAAUUCUCGACAACGGUAUUGCCGCAACUUGUGCAGAGUUGAACAUCCCAAUUAUUGCCUACUCGCCGCUUGGACGGGGUGUUCUAACCGGCGCUGUGACUUCGCUCAACGAUAUCCCCGAGGGUGACAUCCGCCGACGCAUGGCCCGCUUCCAGGAAGAGAACUUCCAGCACAACCUGAAGCUAAUCAACGAGGUGAAGAGCCUGGCUGAGCGUAAGGGUGUUGCCCCGGCCCAAGUCGCCUUGGGCUGGAUCCGGAGCCUCAGUGGCAGACCCGGUAUGCCCACCAUCAUCCCUAUUCCCGGUGGUACCACCUCCGACAAGGUGAUCCAAAAUAUGGUGGGGGUUAAGCUGUUGUCAGACGAGGAGCUGGCCGAGGUUGACGCAAUUCUCAGAGAGAAUACUGUUGCUGGACCACGUUACUAG